CCUAAUUAUAGCUUGACGAAACAAGGUGUAAGAAAAGUGCAUUUUACUGAUUGAGAUAAACUCGAAAAGUUAUAUAUAUAUAAAAGAUGGCCCGUCAACGAUGGGGACGUAGAAUAGAAUUUUUCCUAACGACGGUUGGUUAUUCCGUCGGCGUCGGCGAUCUAUGGAGAUUUCCAUAUCUUGUAAUGAAAAACGGUGGAGGGGCUUUUUUAAUCCCAAUUGUCAUAUUCAACGUGUUUGGGGCUAUGCCUAUUGUCUACAUGGAGAUGAUAAUGGGACAGUACUCACAGUCUGGGGCAGUGCCCGCGUGGAAUGUUUGUCCUCUAUUGAAAGGAGUUGGAUACGGAACGCUCAUAGCUACAUUUAUUUUCUCUAUCUACUAUGCUGUAAUCAUCUGUUGGAUGUUGUUCUACUUCUUUUAUUCCUUCUUUCCAACGCUCCCCUGGACCACGUGUGAUAACGAAUGGAACAUCAAGGAAACGUGUGUCGAAAAUUCGGAAGCUCUUUACAAAGAAACCGGAAGAGAAUCUGUUGUUAGUAAUAUUACGACAACUAUUGCGACAUCGUUGUCUACUGUUACACAAAUGACAUCAAACAUGAGCACAACAGGUGGUGCCGACUUUGUGGCAAAAGUUACAUCGGCCGAACAGUUUUGGAAAUAUAAAGCUCUGGAACUGUCUGAAGGGCUAGAAGAUAUGGGAACAGUUAACUGGGCAAUGUUGGGAUGUCUUGCUGCAAUAGAAAUUGCCUGCUUUCUGUGUAUUUUCAAAGGUGUCAAACUCACUGGAAAGGUUGUGUAUUUCACGGUUCUCGGUCCGUUUGUGCUAUUGUUAGUAUUCUUGGUACGUGGAGCCAUUUUGCCGGGAGCUGAUAUAGGCAUCAAGUAUUACAUUACACCGGAUGUGGAGAAACUAAAAGAGCCUCGGAUAUGGGCCGAAGCCUGCAUGCAAGUCUUCUUCUCCAUUGGGCCGGGAUUAGGAGCAAUGAUUACAUUUGCCAGUUAUAACAAGUUCAGCAACAAUUGUAUGAGGGAUGCUAUAUUAGUAUGCUUGUUGGACUUGAUGACUGGUUUUAUUGGUGGUUUUGUGGUUUUCUCGGUGCUUGGACAUGUUUCCUAUCGCACAGGAAUAGAUAUAAAGAAUUUCAACCAGUCAGGAUAUGGACUUGGCUUUAUUGCCUACCCGGAAGCGGCAAACUAUCUACCCCCGCCUCAGUUGUGGUGCAUCCUGUUCUUCUUCAUGUCUGUGUUUUUAGGGAUUGAUUCACAGUUUCCUAGCUACGAGAUCGUUGUCACAGCACUAAAAGACGAGUUCCCAAAACAUCUGAAGGGCAAGACAACACUGCUGACAUUUCUUGUCAUUCUUAUAGCUUUUCUGCUCGCAAUCCCACAAGUCAUGGAGGGUGGUUUCUACUUGCUGACGUUGGUCGACUGGUAUACGGCAACAUUCUCACUUACCAUCAUUUCACUGUUCGAGCUCCUAGUUAUGAGCUAUGUGUAUGGUAUGAAAAGACUUGAUGAAAACAUGCACGCAAUGACUGGGAAAUGUGUACCAGUGUAUUUCAAGAUAUGUUGGUAUUUCCUAACACCACUUUUAUUAGCGGUAACAGUCGGUUUUACAAUUUACUCCUAUGCGCCCCCUACCGUCGACAACUACGAGUACCCUGAUUGGUCGGUUGCUAUUGGAUGGUGUAUAGCGUCAGCAUCCCUUGCACCAAUACCGUUAUACAUGAUAUACAAACUGAUCAAAACACCCGGGUCACUUCUUGAGAGGUUCAGGGUCAACCUUCGUCCUAAUGAAAAAUGGGGUCCACCAAGGGAGUUAUUGGAACCUGAAAUCAUAAGUCCAGACAAGUUGUGGAGUUCUGCAGACAUUCAAAAUGGCGUCAUCAGCCCGGACUCUGCAGAGGAGAGAAAAGAAGGACUGGAUAAUCUGGCAUUCAACACAAAGCUUUAAUCAAGCCAGUAUGUUGAUUAACAGAAAUCACACGGAGUGUUGCAGCAUGCUAGCUGACUAAAAUUAAAAAGAUACUACGGAGUCCUAAAUGAAACGAACUCGAUUUAGUAUUCAUGAAUUUACUAUAGAUCUGUUGCUUUAAGAACAAUAAUUUUUGAACUAUUUAGAAAAUAUUAUAUGAAAAAAUAUUAUGCAGCAAAAUGCCAUUCAAAUCUCUUCACACUGUUUAUAUUUAUUAACCAGGAAUCUUUUAUUGUUAAACUUACAAAUUUUCUUAUGUCAUAUGCAACUUUGAUUUAUCUAUGGCCUUAAGAGUAGUAUGCUCAAACAGCCAAUAUACUGUCACUAACUGACCAAUCAGUUUACAUAUUUUAGUUAACCAGUGAUGUUAUAUCUUGUAAAUAUUCAUUGUAAAUGUUACAUUUAUGUUUCAAUGCUUUUAUUUGAAUUUUUGUGGUGUUCCAUUAGAUCAGUAAUUAAUAAUCCACGUUAGAAAUUUCUUUAUAAAUUUAUUAUUUUUAUUGGUGUUCAAACAGAAUAAACAGUAUUAUUGUUGCUCGAAAUUCUUUAAAAAGUAAAAUACAGAAAAUUAACAGUGGUAUCCCAUUGUAUGUCUUCGGACCCGCACACAGCUUCAUAAAAAGGACAAGUAAAUGUUUUGAAUGAACCGAGAUGAGGUGUACAUAUUAAUGAUAUACAUUGAGAAAGUAACCAUAUAAAGAUAACACCAGACGUGGCUAACAAUACACCAGUUUUAGUACAAUAAUUUUGGUAACAUGCGAAGCAUUGUCACAUAAUAAAAACAUUUUUGAAAUAUCAGUAGUCCUGUGCAGUUGCAGCGACUCAUAUUUUCUAAGAAAACGCCGCCAAAAUUUGAAAACCGAUUAACGCGUGCACCGAAUCCUUCAAAAAUAUUGUUUACUUUAGUCAAAGAAAUAAAUUGCAGCAUGAUCAAAAGCAACAUAUUUGCUCUACCAUAGACAAAUGUAGAAGGCCCUAUGUUAUAUGAAUAUCAUAUAGGGACAUGUGCACAUAUAAGAAUGCAAGAUGCAUUUUCAGUUGUCAAAAUGCUGACGUAAAUUUAAGCAUUUCCAAACUGAAAACGUAGAAGCAAAUGAAACAGACGAGAGUUCAAUUUUUUCUCUAAUUUAUACAGCAAACCUCCAUAUUUGGGAUACUCUACUGAAAAUUAAAAACAGCGAAAUUCUGCGAAGUUCAGGCAGAGCACUGUUGUAUGAUUUAUAAAACGUCUUAACUCCGAUCGUUUCGUAAAGAGAUAUUUGAAAUACACUUAUAUAGUAAAUUGGUAAAAUGUUAGUGGCUUUACACUUUAGCAAAAUAUAAAAACAUCAACAAACUUUAACAAUCUAUUUACAUGUUUCAUUCUAUUUUCAGAUUUCUUUGAGAUUUUGAGAAAUACUGCUUUAUGAGCAUGAGAAAAACGUUUUGGAAACGGGAGUCGUUAUAAAAAAUAGAAAAGUGACCAAACUUGAGCAUGUUCUCUGGCCAUACACAACUUAGCUUAUUUUAAAACAAUUUAUUUAUCUUAAUAGAAGAACUUAAUUGGUUUUUUUGUUUUUACAUUUUUAUUCAUUUAAGUAUACACAGAUUGCACAUGUUAUACAUUUUAAACACAUACAGAUAUUGUAUAUUAACAAUGUAUGUUAGAAAAAUGAAAAUAUAAACAUUCUGUAUAACAAUACCUUAAUAUAACAAUAUUAAUAUAGUGCGUCAUCUGAUAUACUUAAAGGUUUUUGUUUGAUAAAGUGGGGAUAGAAAAUUUGGAAAAAUUACCCAAACUUUUGUGAGCAAGAAUGUUUAGAGAGAACAUGUUUUUCGAUAUUAUAUUCUGCGCUUCUGCAUAUACAAGUACAUUUGUAUAUAAAUAUAAGAGUUCAAGUUAUAAAAUCAUUCCAUUUUGUGUUAGAUAUAUCUGUUUUGUCUUUCAAAGUUGCUAUUAUUCGUUCAAUGCCAAUACGCCGUGUUAGAUAAAGUUUGAAAGAUUCAAUUUCGGGUAUAUUUUUGUUAUACUUGCAUUUACUUAUAAAAUAUUUGGCUAAUAUCAAAAUGAAGUUAACAAUAUUUCUUUUUAAAGUAUCCGUUUCUUCUUCUAACCCUAAUGACACUGUUCUAUAACUAAGGAUAUCUAACUGAAUAUUUUUAGUUCUGAGAAGUCUUUGUAGAUUAACCCAGAAUUGUUGUAUUAUUUGACAUUUCUAAAAAAGGUGCCUCUGGGUUUCUGGGACCAUUGAACAGAAAUCACACAACCUAGAAUUUGUGAGUUUGCAUUUGUACAGAUAAUUGUUAUUUGGGAUUAUUCUCAUUAGAUAUUUAUAUUGAUAUUCUCUUAACUUUGAAUCGAUAGUACACUUUGUUGGUAUUGUAAAAACAUGUUUCCAUCUAAUUUGUUCUUCUAAUAAUUCUGAAUCCCAUUUCUUUAGAUUUUUGUUGCUACUGUGUAUUUGUUUAAUUUGUAAUUCAUACAACAUUUUAUUCAUUUUUAUAGUUUGAUUAAUUUUAUCUAUUAAAUAUCCAGUUCCAAGUGUUAAGUUGAUUUACUCUUCAGCUAAGUGUUUUUCCCAUUUUUUGUCAAUUGCUCUUCUCAAUGUCAAAUAGUUAAGAAAUUCACCAUUUUCAAUACCAUAUAUAUAUUGCAUUUGUUCAAAUGUUAAGAGAUGUUUAGUUCGGAAGUCAAAAAUAUGUUUCAUGUAUAAAAUGCCUCUUUCCAACCAAGGUUUGUAAAGAAACAAGUUUCUAUUUGUCUGUUUUAUAUUUGAGUUAUUCCAUAUUAUUUCUUUCGAGUAGUUUUGUAUACAUGGUUUAUAAUUAAUUGUGCACUGGGAUAUUACUAUCUCCUUUAGAAAGGUGAACUUGAAAUUUAAUUUAGCUGCAUCUGCUUUGCAAGUGUUAUAUUUAAAUAUAUGUUCUCCAUAUUUUUCUAGGUCUUUGUUAUAAAUUUUAUUCCAUUUUGCAUCACUUUUAUAAAUGAUUCUUUUUACCCAGCUAGCCUUAAAGAGAAUUCCUAUAGUUUUUUUUCCUUUCAUAGAAUUUUUUUUAAUUCACAUAUAUGAUAGGAAAAUUUGUGCUGAAAACAAUGAACAAAUAAAAACAAUAGAUCACCAGGCUUGUUUUUGUGAAAAAUUGUUUUGAACACACCCACUGUUGCUGAAACUGACAGCGAUUUUUCAACAUUUUCAUAAUUUUCUGCUUUUUUAUAAAUACCAACCAAAAUAUACAUCCAGGCAGCACAAUACGGUCUUUUCUUUUUACAGAUUUUAUUAUAUACUUAUUUGAUAUCAUAGUCAUAUUUGUAAUACUCUAUCCUUACAGUAAUGGGUACAAAUGAAAAAAAAAUAUUGUUUUAUAUUUACUUUUGUGA